AUGGUUUUUUUAUUAUUACUAAUAUUGUGCGUCUCUGCCGUGUCGGUUCCUGCAGCACUAAUUGUAAACGGGUGGCGCGUCGAAGAAAAAGGGACAUUUCCGUGGCAAGCAACUCUCUUCUCGCACGAGGAUGGUGAAUGGAAAUUCUUCUGUGGUGGUACAUUAAUAGCAGAACGUGUCGUACUAACUGCCGGCCAUUGUGUCUGGAAAACUUUGGCAGACACGGUGCGCGUCGCUUUUGGAAUUCUUUCGAGUAAUUUGAAAGAAGCAGGGGAAAAUGCGCAAAUAAUCGAUGUAAAAAGUAUCAAAUUGCAGAGUGCAUUUCAGGAUCACGAAAAUAAUUAUGGUUCAGAUAUUGCAUUACUGAUUUUAAAAAGAGCUGUAACUAUUAAUUCAAUUGUUGCACCAGUGUGUAUUCCACAAUAUCCCGACACGGUAUUGGCGACAUUUCAGGAAAACGGAGGAUAUGGAGUAGUCGCUGGAAUGGGACUGACAGAAAACGACACAUUCAGUUCAGUUUUAAGAGUGACUACAGCAAAAAUUAUUUCCGACGACGAAUGCCGUCAAAAUCAAAAACGAGAUUUUUAUAAAUAUUUAACUUAUACGUCUUUUUGCGCCGGGUGGGCAAAUGGUACUGGAGUGUGUAAUGGGGAUAGUGGUGGAGGGCUAGUACUUCAGCGACCAAAUUCUAGCAUCUGGGAAGUUCACGGAAUUGUCUCCGUAAGCCCACGAAGAUUGAGUACUAGCAUAUGCAAUCCUCAUUAUUAUACUAUUUUUACAAAGGUUUCAAUGUACAUCGAAUGGAUUAAUAAGAUUAUUAAAAAUAUACCAAUAACAGGUCCGCCUAAUCUUGACCAACAUCCAAAUAGGGAUGAUAUUAUUUAUAAAUACACAGAUUUAAAUCUAACAUAG